AUGUCAUUCAACGUUACUGCACCUAAAUUUGCCUACGGACCCCUCACUUUAGCAUUCAUUGUCGGCUUGUUCUUAUUAUUAAUUGUUCUGAUUUUAACACUGAAUGCUCUUAUGAUUGUCUCUAUCAUACGCAAACGCGAGCUUCUUGAGAAGCCGACUAACGUCUUGAUCAUCGGACUUGCGUUCAGUGACUUUGUAACAGGCUUUGUAGGUGUACCAGUAUACAUCCCGAAAGUUGUAACUGGGAAGCAAUUAGAAACUAUGGAUAAAGAUGACCCAAACCUACUGGUUAUUAUAAUAUGUAUAUCGAUGUCUAUUGUAUUGCAUUUGCUUUUGACUAUCGAUCGAUAUAUAUCGAUUGUGUAUCCGUAUCGGUAUCUGAAUAUUACUGCAAAAAGAACGGUGUUUGUGACCUGUGCGUCUGCGGGCACUAUCAUUUUUCUAAUUGGUCUUAGAACCUUUGUAGGAGGUCGUUUUGCAUUGUUAUGUUUGCUUGUCCUUGGUAUUUCUCAACUGAUGAUGCAAAUAAAAGUAAUGAAUAUUGCAGUGAAGAUGUCAAAAUCUCGGCAAAAUGAUCAGACAUCCAGAAAUGAGGUGAAAGCCAUCAAGAUGACUAUAUUGAUCUUCAUUGCAUAUGACGGAUGCUUUCUUCCAAAGUUCUUCUUUAUAGUCUUGCAACAGUCAGCCUAUCAGUUAAGUUUAUCAAUUCUCACCAUGCUUCGAGUAUUGACCGAUAUAAUUUGGAUAAGCAAUAGUAUAGUGAAUCCCAUUAUUUGUGCCAUGACCAAUUUGGCAAUAAAUAAAGCAUAUGCCUCAGGAGAAUGUCGAAUCUUCUGGCCCAACAAGAUUUCGAAUGAAGAACUCUACAAGAAAACAAAGAGCCAGAGUGAGGUGCUUGAAAUCAAACGCCGAAGGAUGCGGAGGCUUGGGCAUGUCCUCAGUCCUCAGAAUGGACCAAAACCGUAUCCCCAAGACUGCAUCGAGAUGGACAAACCACCUGGAAAAAGAAAGGCAGGGAGGCCUAGAACAACCUAG